AAGUUUCUCAGUGCAUGGGACUUAUUUAGAUACCAUGUUCUUGGUUCAGAAUCUCAUUCGUAUCUCGCAGGGCCCUGCCCGUGGUCUCGCUCAUUACCCAAACAAGCGAGCUUUCUCCUACAUGUCCAUGCACAGGACAUUCCCGGCAACCUUGUAUCGAUUUCAGACUCACCGUGACUCGAGACUCUUCAACAGGGCCUUUGAACAAGAUGAUUGGGAAUAUGAAGAUGGAAUUAAAGUAUCUGAGGAUGGCUUGGUCCACCCGACUAUCACGAUCGAUGGCACCAAUAUUCCAAAAUCACUGAAUCUCCUUCGUGAGCGAGAAUCUCGCUUCUCCCUACAACCGGCCCGUCCCAUGUCACUGGAUAGUUUGAACCAAGAAUUGACACGGUUUUAUCUUGAAUCUGGGCGCAUGUUUACACCAGAUGAUUGGCUUGGUAGAAAUCCUUACCAUGAGGCAUUCUUUGACCACCUUGAGGAAUGGAUGGAGAGAUAAAAUGCUGUAACAGACAUCAUACUGGCUAUGGAGCUGGAUUACUG